UAAAUAACACAACACAAAACGUGGAAGUGAAAAAUGUCUCCGAAACUUCUUCUAGCAAAUUUGCGCGCGACCGUGAAAUUCUGCAAAAGCGUGAACCUUCUGCAAAGAUCUCGGACACCUUUCAUAUUUGCUCAGCAGAGCUGUGCAAUUCAUGUGGAUAGCCCACCCAGUGUCCCAACCCUGAUCACCAGCUAUGCCCACGGUAUCUCCGCUCAUUCACUGUUAUACAGGACCGUGGACCAAUGCCUUCAAGCUACAGUGUCCCGUCACCCUGACCGUGAAGCUCUGGUCUUUGUGCAGGACGGCGUCCGCAAGACAUUUGCAGAGUUUUACCAAGAUGUGGAACAGGCCGCUGCAGGUCUCUUAGCUGUUGGGUUGAAGAAGGGGGAUCGUUUAGGGAUUUGGGGACCAAACAUCUAUGAGUGGGUGCUGAUGCAGUUUGCCACGGCUAAGGCCGGCAUUAUUCUGGUAUCAGUGAACCCAGCUUAUCAGUUGCAGGAGGCAGAAUAUGCACUUAGAAAGGUGCAGUGCAAUGCAAUUGUUUGUCCGACUCAAUUUAAAACCCAGAAGUACUGUGAAAUGCUAAGGCAGCUUUGCCCAGAGAUGGAAAAAUCUUCUCCUGGAAGAAUCAAGAGUUCAAAACUACCAGAUCUACACACUGUGAUCGUAACAGAUAGUCAGCAGCCGGGGGCUUUCCAUUUAAAAGAUGUGAUGCAGGCCGCAAACAGUGAACACCAUCAACAGCUACAAGACUUGCAGAAGAAAAUCAUGUGUGAUGAUCCCAUUAACAUUCAGUUUACAUCGGGAACUACAGGAAAGCCCAAAGGAGCCACACUGACCCACCACAACAUAGUCAACAAUUCUUACUUCAUUGGCCUGCGCGUGGGCUAUGACUGGAGGAAAAAUGUUCGAGUGUGUUUGCCAGUCCCCAUGUAUCACUGUUUCGGCUCAGUGGGCGGCGGUAUGACCAUGGCUUUGCAUGGUGUCACAUUGGUUUACCCCUCCAGGGGCUAUGAUGGACGUGCUAACUUGGUGGCCAUAGAGAAAGAGAAGUGUACAUUUGUGUAUGGAACUCCUACUAUGUAUAUUGACAUGCUCGGUCAGCGUGACCUGGCCCAGUUUGAUUUGUCAUCAGUCGGGACUGGUAUUGUGGCCGGUUCUCCUUGUCCUCCUGAGGUGUUACGGAAGGUCAUUAAUAACAUGGGGGUUAAGGAAAUGUUGAUUGGCUACGGCACAACUGAAAACAGCCCAGUGACAUUCUGUGGCUUCCCAAUUGACAGCAUGGAUCGGCGGACAGAGACUGUUGGGUGUAUAAGCCACCACAUUGAGGCUAAAGUAGUGGACCCUACAUCUGGGGACGUUGUACCUCUUGGCGCUCAAGGUGAGCUUAUGAUCAGGGGCUACUGUGUGAUGCUGGAAUACUGGCAAGAUGAGGAGAAAACCAGGGAGUGCAUCACAAAAGACCGCUGGUACAAGACCGGUGACAUUGCGGUUCUUGACAAGUACGGAUACUGCAAAAUUGAAGGACGCAUCAAAGACAUGAUCAUCCGAGGAGGAGAAAACAUCUACCCUGCUGAGAUCGAACAGUUUUUACACACACACCCUAAAGUUCAUGAAGCACAGGUGGUUGGGGUAAAAGAUGAACGAAUGGGAGAAGAGGUUUGCGCUUGUAUUAAACUAAAGGCUGACCAGCAAUGUACUGCAGAGGAGAUCAGAGACUUCUGCAAGGGAAAGAUUGCUCAUUACAAGGUGCCACGCUAUGUAACUUUUGUUGAGGGAUAUCCUUUGACUGUCACAGGAAAGAUCCAGAAGAACAAACUACGUGAAAGUACAGAAAAACUGCUUGGACUGUGAAUUUUAAGGCACGUCUUUGGAAACAGCUACACUAACCUAAGGGCAUUAUGAUUUACCCAAACCAUCAUUUUAUGUUUUUAAUUACAAAUAAAAAUACUUUUAUAUA